AUGGUAACCAAAAAAUGCAAGAAGCGCCGAGAUAAGAAGAAAAUUAUAAUGGAGUCCUCGUUGAUGAAAGUAGACGAGGUUGUAGAAGAGAUAAUGAGAAUCCAUAGAUCCUUACCGGGCCGACCCGGAAUCGAUGAAGUUGAAGCAGCCAAAACGUUAAUCCGAAACGUGGAGAGGGAAGAUCAGUUGAGACUCGAAGCGGUUGCAAGGCAAAGCAAAGCCAAAGAUGUGCCAGAAGAAUUAUUCAAGGUGUUUCAAGAGAUUCAGAGGAUUUUGAUCCAUUUUCAAAGCGCGGAGCAAAAGGGGGAAGCUCUGAAACUGUUGGAUCUUGAAGGUGUCCACCUACUGUUCGAUGAUUCGAUUCAGAGAGCUUCCAAAUGCUUGCCUUCUAAACCAGGUUCGAAUAAUUCACAGUCGAAUGAUGUUUCCGAUAGUUCUUCGAGGGAUUCGAGCAGUUUAUCCUUGGCAACCUCGGCUUCCUUCUCCGGCAACAGUUCCAAUUCUCCAGCGAUGGAUACAACCACAUCAUCUUCCCUGUCUUAUAUUGAGAAGGAGAGAGUUAAGGCGUCAGAGUGGUUUAGCAAGGACGAUAGUUAUUUGAAGAAGACAAAGACUGAUUUUCAAGUUGAUGGAAUUGGUAUUGGAAUUCGAUCUGUGGGUGUUCUAACAGGGCCCCAGAUUGUUGAUUCCACUCUGAAGCCGGCUAUUACUUCGGGUCAAGACUCUGAUAAAAUGAGUUUAAUUAAGCUUGCUAGUUUGAUUGAAGUAUCAGCAAAGAAAGGAACUCGGGAGCUCAAUCUUCAAGCUAAAUUGGCUGAUCAAAUUGAAUGGAUUCCUGAUUCGAUAGGGAAGCUAUUUGGUUUGAUAAAUUUAGAUUUAUCACAGAAUCGAAUUCUGGUAUUACCUGACACCGUAGGACGACUUUCAUCGCUGGAAAUGUUGGAUUUACAUGGAAACAAAAUUGGCGAAUUGCCAGAAUCCAUUGGGGAUUUACUUAAUUUAGUCCGUCUUGACUUGAGUGGAAACCAAAUAAAAACAUUGCCUCCCACUAUUGGUAAGUUAAAUCGACUUCAAGAUCUUGAUUUAAGCUCUAACGGGAUCAAGGUCCUCCCAGAGACAAUUGGAUCACUCGUCAGUCUCGAGAAAUUGAAUGUUGAAACUAAUGAUAUUGAGGAAAUCCCUCAUACUAUUGGUCGAUGUACUUCACUGAAAGAGCUUCACGCAGACUAUAACCGGCUUAAAGCUCUACCUGAAGCAGUAGGAAAAAUUGGAUCCUUGGAAGUACUUACAGUGCGUUACAAUAACAUCAAACAAUUGCCCACCACAGUGGCAUCCUUAUCAAGCUUGAGGGAGCUUAAUGUUAGUUUCAACGAGCUCGAGUCAGUCCCAGAGAGUUUGUGCUUUGCUACAACGCUUGUAAAGAUGAAUAUAAGCAACAAUUUCGCGGACCUGCAAUCUCUGCCAAGGUCUAUUGGGAACCUUGAGAUGCUAGAGGAGUUGAAUAUGAGCAACAAUCAAAUAAGAUCCCUUCCGGACUCUUUCAGAAUGCUAACUCGACUUCAUGUGUUAAAUGUUGAGGGAAAUCCUCUGGCAGUGCCACUUAGAAAUAUCAUUGACAAUGGAGCACAGGCUGUUGUCCAAUACGUGGCCAAUCUUGUUGCUCAGAGGGAUGCGAAAUCACAACCAGUGAAGCAAAAGAAAUUUUGGGCUCGGAUAUGCUUCUUUUCAAGAUCUAAUAAACGCAAACGCAACGGCAUGGACUCUGCAAAAGCUUAA